AUGUAUACGACGCACACGCACCAGGGUUCGGACGAUAACUUUGCGGUUUCUAUCUCCGACGUCAAGCUACUCGAUGCGCUUGCUGUGGACCCAAAGCCGUCUUUCUUAGUCCAAUCCCGGCCAAGACCUCCCUGCAGGCCAUGGCCUGUAAGCUGGCACAAUGAUGCUGUUCGUACCAGACUUCGGCUGGGUCGAAGGACAUCCAACGCACAUUCUCCAACAUCAGGAGCAACCUGGAACGACGGCGACAACACACCGUCAGACACAGAUAACCCUCCUGUCACGACGGCUCUGCUGUCUAAUUACGAUCAUGACUUUCAAAUCUGGAUAAUUGACCGUCUAACAUAUUCCGGGGCCCAUCGCCAUGUCCCUGGUGGUGCGUACUAUACCUGCACUAAAGGAAUUCUGUGGACGACGACAACAUUGGAAGUCGGCAAUAUCCAGUACCUACAGUUCACAGGAAUUCCUCUAUCGUGGAGGUUGCCCACAGAACUUGAACAGGGCAAAGCCGAACGAUCCAUGAGUGAGAUUUCCGCCCAGACACUCAAUGACAAUGAUAUCAAUGUCUCGGGCUACUCACCGACAACAGAGUUUAGAAUCCCUAAAUGGCGUCGGAAGAGCUCAUUCAAGCCCCGUGAUUCGAUUUCUGAGGCCAAAAAAGACCUUCGCGGGGAAAGGUGGUCGAUACCGUCGAAUCCAAUUGAAAUCCUAGGGAAGGCCGAGCUGGAGCGUAAGCUUUCAGAAGUUACCCGAUCAAACACGAGCAGUAGUCUCGAUCUGAGUGAUCCGGAUUCGAAAAACUUCAAACACAUCCACCCGGGACCCAAGGCCACUGAUGCAUUUAGUAUUAAUAUGAACUCACUCAAGAUCGAUGGUGCGAACUCGUUAAAACUGUCACCUGAUUAUUUUGAGCGAACGGAUGGCAUUGUUGAUUGGACUCGGGCCGAGUCGAGCGAGUUGUUACCCGAGUUUCUCAAAAUGAUGCGCGAUUUCGAUUGGGGUAGCACAUCUGUCGGUCCCAUUGAGGAGUGGCCUCAAUAUCUAAGGACAUCGAUUGUCUUGAUGUGUAACAGCUGCUUUCCUUCGACAAUGUACUACGGACCUGAUUACCUCUUCAUCUACAACGAAGCAUUUAGUCGAAUGAUGUCUAGCCUUCAUCCUUGGAGCCUAGGAAAACCUUGUUGUGAAGUCUGGGGUGGAAUUUUCGAUGAUCUCCUAGUUGAACGUUUCACUAAUGUUAUGCAGGGAAGACCUCAAUACCAGGAAGAUCACGAGGUUUUUCUCGUCCGACAAGGGUUCACUGAACAAGCAUACUUUUCAUGGGCUUUGAGUCCGAUUGUUGGUGACAAGGGUGAAUGCGUGGGUAUCUUCAGUAUUUCGGCGGAUCUAACUGCGCGAGUUCUUGCGGCCAGAAGCUUCCAAAUGUUUGGGGAAAUUGGAACUCGAACGAGUGGCAUAACUGCAUCGAAGGAAUUUUGGCAAAACUUCCUUGGGGGGAUGCAGACUAAUGAGACGGAUGCACCUUUCGCCCUCGUUUACUCUAGGGUUGACGGAAGCGGUGAUGGAUCAAGCUGUUCCGGGGUCCACAGCCGGAAACCUACUUACGAUUUUACCCUCGAAUACGAGGGAUCCUAUAAUAUACCAGAAGGACAUAAUUGUAUGCCUCCUCAGAUCGAUUUGAGCGAAUCAGACGAAGGUUUUGCUUCAGCUUUCAGAGAGGCCUGUGAGCACGAGUUCCUGUAUCUCAAAAACAGUGAACUAGUUCCCCCACAUCUUCUUGACGGCUUAAGAUCGACCUUCGACGACCCUAUUGAUUCGGUUGCAAUCUGUCCGAUCUACUCGCACAGUCUUGCGGACGAAAUCUCGGGUUUCCUUGUCUUAGGCCUGAACACAAGACGAGUCUUCAAUGAUGAUUACAAAUUAUUUGUCCAGCUCCUAAUCCGGCAGUUAUCAAGCUCUCUUUCCGCAAGUUUUUUUUUCGAAACCGAAGUUCGGCGCAGCGAGAAUCUUGCACGAAUCGCUGCUAUGGAAAAAAUAAUUUUGUCCAACCAACUUGCAGCAAAAACUAUGGAAGCCCGGGCAAGCGAAUUUAGGUUCAAACGACUCACAGAAGUUGCACCCGUUGGAAUAUAUAUGUGCGACCAAAAGGGCAAGGUUACCUUUGUGAAUGACGCAUGGUUCGAAAUAACACAGGUUCCACGAGACUUUGAUGUGGAAAAUUGGAUACAAUACGUUCAUCAAGAUGACCGCGAUAUAGUGCUUGCUGGCCUAGCCGAUAUUACAGAGGCGAGUGAACUUGUGGCCCAGACUUUCCGAUGGAUCACACCGUAUACUACGAAAGAUGGACAAAUCACGGAAAGAUGGACGUUGGGCCUAAGCCAACCCGAGUUUGCGGAGGAUGGGAGUCACAUUGGUUAUCUUGGUGUCUCAACGAAUAUUUCGGAGCAGAAGUUACGAGAGAAGACCCAGAAAAAACGGCUAGAAGAAGCAAGGGAGUUGAAACGGCAGCAAGAUAAUUUUGUCGACAUUGCGAGCCAUGAAAUGAGGAACCCCCUCUCUGCAGCCCUCCAAUUGAGCGACCAGAUUGUCAGCUCCCUGUCUGAUUGCCGGAAGUACUAUAAAAACAAAGAUUAUGAUCUACAGCUUGAAGAGGAGAUCACUGCUGCUAUUGAUGCAGCACAAACCAUUCUUCUGUGUGCCAGUCACCAGAAGAGAGUAGUAGAUGAUAUUCUGACGCUAUCAAAACUAGAUUCUGCACGCUUGAUUAUCACACCUGUCGAUGUACAACCUGUUGCCGUUGUAAAUGAAGCCAUCAAAAUGUUUGAACAAGAGUGUCAUCUCAAUGACAUCCAUAUGGACUUGGAGGUCGAUGAUGCCUACCGUAACCUAUCUGUGGACUGGGUGAAGCUAGACCCGACAAGGCUACUCCAGCUUCUCAUAAAUCUCUUGACAAAUGCUCUAAAAUUUAUCCGAUCGGAAACUGAAAAAAAGAUAAUUAUCACAUUAAGCGCGUCACUAGACAAGCCAUUAGACCCAGAGGGACUGAUGGUUUUCCCGUCUGUGCGAAAAACGAGCGAGCCUAGUGAAGCAUCCCCACCCAGUGUGAACGAAACAGAAUGCCCCGAGGAUUCUUUAUUUUUAUCAUUCGAAGUUAAAGAUACUGGAAAAGGGCUUACUGAGGAGGAAAAGAGCAUGCUAUUCCAGAAGUUCAGCCAGGCUUCUCCUCGAACCCAUAUUCAAUACGGCGGCAGUGGCCUUGGGCUUUUCAUAUCGCGCGAGCUAGUACAACUACAGUCCGGGGAAAUCGGGGUUCUAUCGGAGGCCGGUAAUGGCUGUGCAUUCUGUUUCUAUAUCAAAGUUACAAGAGGGGAACCUCAAUGUACAGAGCUUCCCGUAUAUGCUAGAACAAUAGUUCCCGGAAAUCAAAAUAAAAGGAACCUUGGGGGAUUGUCACCACCACUGGGGGAUGCAUCUCCUCGACCUGUAAGCCCGGGGAUCAUGACGGGGGCGACAACCCCCAUAAAUUCAAGGGCACCUGAUUUUAGGAGGCUAGAAGGGUGUAAGGUACUGGUCGUCGAAGAUGUAAGCUUCUUCCCUUUCCAUGUCUUUCCAUUUCCGUUCUUUCCACUCUGCGAUUUGAAUGUCAUUUACUCACCCCGAAAAUUCCUCUACAUGCAGAAUCUGGUCAACCAAAAUGUCAUCCGGAAGCAACUUCAGAAACUUGGGUGUGAGACAUAUGUAGCAAAUCAUGGUCUAGAAGCUCUUGAAAAGGUGAUGCAAUCAAAGCUCUACAUGAAAGCAACAGGUGACGCAUAUGACCUUACGGUUAUCCUCAUGGACGUUGAAAUGCCGGUAAUGGAUGGAUUGAAGGCUACUGGGGAAAUAAGAAAGCUAGAGGCGGAAGGGUCGCUGGUACGCAGGAUUCCCAUUAUCGCAGUGACGGCCAAUGCAAGACCGGAACAAAUUAAGCAGAUGAAAGAAGCGGGGAUGAAUGAUGUUCUCAGCAAACCUUUCAGAAUGCCGGAAUUGGUGAAUAAGUUAGAGGGUGUCCUAGGGAAGGGGUAA